AGCUCGGUCGGAGAGGAAUGCACGUAUGUCCAUUGAGGCUAAAUUUGAAGCAUCAAUGACUCAAAUGCAAGAAUUUCGUAUGAUUGUUGAGCAACAAUUUGCUGAACUUAGGCAACAAAUUACUUAUCAAAGCCAACUACUUCACCGCUCCCCUGAUACAGCUGCAUCUCAGGCCCACCGUCGAUCUGGUGAGCCCUCAAGUAUUCGAGAAGACUCUGCAACAACUCCAUCGAUGGAACAAAUUUGCCAAUUGAGAGAUAUCCGUGGUCGGACUGUUGCUAGUGGGCGGAUGGUGUCAGAUACUACAGGCAUCCCUCCAGAAUGCAUCAGAGUUGUAAUAGAUGAUAUCAAUGUUCGCACAGCAGAGUUGUUUAAUGAUGACAGGACAUUUGAAGAUAUUCAAUUGGGUGAAAUUGUUGUCUGGCCCAAAUUCCUGAUGAGAAUUUGAAUAUUCAGUAGUUUUGUUUAACUUUUUGAA